AUAACUACAACUGAAUGAAUCUUGUUGGACUUUUCUUGUCUUAUAAUCGACUCAAGCCUUGAAGAAAGGUCUCAAUUGCGUGGGAAUCAUGGCUGCAUUGCGUGGCUCGCAUCUACAGAAGGCGUCAUCUCGGUCUAGACUGCCUUUUGCGUCUAUCGCCGGGAUGCAGACUACCGCAUAUCUUGCCUUCCAUUGCAUAUCGAGCCUGUUCUUAACUGUCGAAUCCAAAAGAAGACAUUAUCGCCGAGGUGCUACCUGCAACUAGUGGAGUGAUCUCGCUUCCUGUCCUUUGUUUUCACU